GUUUGUUUUGAUUGCCAUUCUACACUGGGAGAUAAAAUUGUACGCCGGCUGCACUUCAUACAGCUAGAAAAUGAGCGGAAUGCAGCAAAACGGUACAGAAAACGACGUGCUGACCGAAUGUUACGAUCCAGUCGCUAUUUUGCUCAGCAGCAUAAACCACGAUACGGAAAAUCUCACAGAAGUAUUGCGACAAUGUGGUGUCCGGUACAACCAGCUAAGCGGUCUGGUGGAGGAGGAUUUGCGCGAAAUGGGUUUGACCAACAGUAAGGCAAUACAGGAAAUAUUGUCGGAACUAUCCAUGCUAUCAAACCAGGCGCGGAUGUACGACAGUGUGCUUCGGGACGAGUUUAAUCCACAACGGUACGCACAAACGGUUUUCAAGAACAGUUUGGAGCACUUGGAAGCGAUAAGCUGCAUGCUACGGUUGGUAGAAUUAAAGACACAAGCAUCCUUCCCGCACAAUGUGCUGUUACAGAAUCGUUAUUAUGCAUCGGAGUUUUGCCUACAGCUAACCGGCAAGAUCAAUGCAAAGCUGGACGACAUUCAGUCGGUACUGAACGAACCGGCCGAGUGUGAUGGGAAACCUCGAUCAUUCAAACGGAAUAGAAUGUUCCUACCGCUAAUAGUACUAUCCGGCACUGUGAUGCUUGCCUUCGUAUACAGGAAAUCUACAUCCUUGUUUUAGGAGCUCUUCUGUGAUGUUAUCGUACCAAGAUAAACGCAAGGCGUUAUCUGCCAUUUCUUAGAGCAUAUGUAUAAUAAAAGUCAUCUGUGAAUUUAACAA